AGCUUGGUGGACGUGGGAUCAAACUCACAACCUUCUGAUUGGUAGCCCAACACCUUAACCACUACCACAUGCCCACAUCAGUCUGUAGGGAAAGAUGGAGGGAAAGAGAUCAGACUCACGAGAACCCAGCUGGGUGUCCAUGAAGAGUGACUGGUCAAAGGAUCCCAUAACUAACUUCAGAGUCAGAAAGAUUUCUUCUGAUCUGAGAAAGAUGGAGGGAAAAAGAUCAGACUCACCAAAAUCCAGCUGUGUGUCCAUGAAGAGUGACUGGUCAAAGGAUCCCAUAACUAACUUCAGAGACAAAGACACUUCUUCUGAUCUGAGAAAAAUGGAGGGAAAAAGAUCAGACUCAGCAAAAUCCAGCUGUGUGUCCAUGAAGAGUGACUGGUCAAAGGAUCCCAUAACUAACUUCAGAAGCAGGGAAACACCUUCUGAUCUGAGACAACAAAAGAAGUCGUCAAACAUCAGCAGAAAUCAGCUGGACUCCAUAUUCAAGGAGCUGGAACAUAAAGUCAUCACUCUGAUAAAGAAUGAGCUGAAAAGGUUUAAGAAGCUUCUGAGACCAGAUUACCCAGCAUGCACUGAGAGGGAGGUGGAGGAUGAGGAGGAUCUGCACAGUGUCAGAGAGGGAGCGAUGAAGAUCACACUGCACGUCCUAAAGAACAUGAACCAUACAGAUCUCGCUAACACACUGCAGAACAGACUCCCCUCUGUGUAUCAGCCGAAGCUGAAAUCCAAGCUGAGAGAGAAGUUUAAAAGAAUUAAUGAAGGAAUCUCACAACAUGGAAGCUCAGCACUUCUGAACGAGAUCUACACUGAGAUUUACAUCACAGAGGGUUGGAGUGGAGACGUCAAUAAUGAACACGAGGUGAGACAGAUUGAGAAAGUGUCCAGGAGACCAGCAACACAGGAGAAACCCAUCAACUGUAAUGAUCUCUUUAAAGACAAGUCCAUCAGAACUGUGCUGACUAAAGGAAUUGCAGGAAUUGGAAAAACAGUCUCCGUGCAGAAGUUCAUUCUGGACUGGGCUGAAGGAGAAGCAAAUCAGAAUGUCACCUUCGUGUUCCCACUUCCCUUUAGAGAGCUGAAUCUGAUGAAGCAGCAAAAUCUCAGUCUGAUGAAUCUUCUUUAUUACUUUUUCCCAGAAAUGAGAAAACUAGAAUCAAUAGACUGUGACUCCUACAAAGUCCUGUUCAUCUUUGAUGGUUUGGAUGAGUGUCGACUUCCUCUAAAUUUCCAGAAGAAUGAGAUAUUGCUUGAUGUGACAGAGUCAGCCUCAGUAGAUGUUCUGCUGACGAACCUCAUCAAGGGGAAUCUGCUUCCCUCUGCUCUCCUCUGGAUAACCUCCCGACCAGGAGCAGCCAAUCAAAUCCCUCCUCAGUGUGUAGACCAGGUAACAGAGGUACAAGGCUUCAGUGAUCCACAGAAAGAGGAGUACUUCAGGAAGAGGAUCAGUGAUCAGAGCCUGGCUAAUAAAAUCAUCAGACACCUGAAGUCUUCAAGAAGUCUCUACAUCAUGUGCCACAUCCCAGUCUUCUGCUGGAUCUCAGCCACUGUUCUAGAGAGAAUGUUGGGUGAAGCAGAAAGUCGAGAGAUCCCCAAGACUCUGACUCAAAUGUUCACACACUUCCUGAUCUUUCAAAUCAAACACAAGGACCAAAAGUACCAUCAGAAAUGUGACCCUGAUCCUCAGCAGACCAGAGAGAGUAUCAUGGCACUGGGAAAACUGGCUUUCCAUCAGCUGGAGAAAGGAAACCUGAUCUUCUAUGAAGAAGACCUGAGAGAGUGUGGCACUGAUGUCAGAGAAGUGUCAGUGUACUCAGGAGUGUGUACCCAGAUCUUCAGAGAGGAGUUUGGGCUUCACCUGGGGAAGGUGCUCAGCUUCGUACAUCUGAGUGUUCAGGAGUUUCUGGCCGCUUUAUACACAUUUCUUUCCUUUAUCAGCAGAAAUGUAAAAGAACAGCAAACCAUUGGUCUGUCUGAUCAUUUCAAAAAUUCAACCAUUUCUGAGCUCCUCAGGAGAUCAGUGGACAAGGCCUUACAGAGUGAGAUUGGACACCUGGACCUGUUCCUCCGCUUUCUUCUGGGUCUCUCACUGGAGUCCAAUCAGACUCUCUUACGAGACUUAAUGCCACAGACAGGAAGCAGAUCUCACAGCAAACAGGAAACAGUGGAUUACAUCAAGGAGAAGAUCAGAGAGAAUCCUUCUCCAGAGAAAUCCAUCAAUCUGUUCCACUGUCUAAAUGAACUGAAUGAUCAUUCUCUAGUGCAGGAAGUACAAACUUACCUGAAAGAUGUAGGUUACAGACGUCUCAGUGGAACCAGUCUCUCUCCUGCUCAGUGGUCAGCUCUGGUGUUUGUGUUACUGAACUCAGAACAGGAGCUGGAUGAGUUUGAUUUGAGGAAAUAUGAUCCAUCAGAUGAAUGUCUUCUGAGGCUGCUGCCAGUUGUCAAAGCCUCCAGAAAUGCUAAGUAAGUAUUUUAUUUAAAAGUGUUUUGUUUUAUGUUUAUUAUUUUACUGAACUGCACAGUUUAAAUUAUUGCUUGUUUAUUGUUUCUCUAAUAAUUUUAUAGAAACAUCUGCUAAAUGCGUAGAUAAUUCUAUCACUUUUUUCAGCAAUAUGUUAUUUAAAAUAAACAUAAACACACCACCUGAACUCAGGUCCACUCCAAACACUCAGAAAUCAGAGGCGUCUGUAUGAGAUCAAGUGUACUAGCUCGUAUAUUGUGUAACAUUAAAAACAUAUACUUUGUGAAAUAUUAAAACAAUAAUAAAAUACUUUCCAAAACAUUAAAACAAGCUUUAAAAGAAAUGUUUAUAAAACCAGAGAAUGAUAAACUCCUGACCAAUUGCUCCAGUACAAACAGUCUGCUGCUCUGGAAAACCAUGCAAUGUAACACUAACUAAACCAAAUGACAACAAUUCUUUGU